AUGGCGGUUUUCACAGAUUCUUCAUUUACCAAUGCUGUCACCGUUAACACCUUAUUGGUGGUGGAGCAAAUGGUUUAUGUCUCAGUGCUGAUGCAAACAGUGGACAACUACGCCCUAAAAGUGGUCAAUUUGUACACCUCUGCAUCAAAUCGCUCUACUGAUGUAAAGUAUUAUCUGCUCCAGAAUGGCUGUCCAAACACUGCCCUUGGAAACUUCCUAUUCAAAACUAUAUGGAAUGGACAGUUCACUGAAGCACGAUUUCAAAUGAAAAUGGCCAAGAUUUCUGGCUCAGAUGUUAUUUAUCUAUUUGCAGAUCUUGUGCUGUGUAAUAAUUCCUGUACACCGAACUGCAACAGCCGCUCAACAAUCGAUCAGAGCUAUGAUACAACAGUCAGCAUGCGCCUCCAAUUUGAAAGUCGGGCUUCAGUCAGUAUCUCGUGGACAUUUUCAGAAGUAGCUAUAAAUUUAGAUUUAGUGAGAUUUGAGUUGAAUAAAUUGAGGUUUCUCCAUGAAGUGGGCUUUGAGUUCACUUCUUUUGCCCCUAAUACUUAUGGCAAUCAUGUAACGUUUUCAUCUCAUGGAGUUCCAGAAUACUAUGACAUUGUGAAGUGUGGUGUCGGUGAAGAUUAUGGUGAAGAUUCUUUCACUUCAAACCCAGUUUAA